AAAAAUAACGAAACAAAAAAUUAUAAUUAUUUUAGUUUUUGCUACAGUUUCAAAAAAAAAUUCCUUGUUUUUCUCAAUUAAUCCCUUUAUUUCUUUAUUUGUCAAAGUUUCGGUAAUCUCGGAAUAAUAAAUACCAAAUUUAUUGUGAAACAACUUACAUAUCAUUGCAUGAACCAUCCUUAUUAUACAUUUAUACAUAUAAUUUUCGACGAUCGCAAAUCGCGAAAAACCUUAUUUUUUCUUUUUAUAAUCCAAUAAUUUUUUUGACCAAAUAUUCCAUUGCAAUUCUAUUUUCCCUUAUUAUUAUUAGCUUUAAUUUAUGGCAAGUACUAAAAUAAUAACACGAAAGUCCCUUGGGAGAGGCGCAUUUAUUGGAUCCUUAUAUAAUGCAGCAAAUGAUACAUUCUGCGGGACCACGAUAUUUAAGUCAAAGUAUCCAGACGAUUCAUUAAGAAAAGCUGAUAUUCCACAUACUGAAAUUUUAUAUGAAUAUGAGAAUACAUAUAAGGAAAAGUUUAAUAAGUUAGGCGUUGGUGCUGAAUUAAAAUUGAGUGUUCUCACAGGAUUAAUUCCUUUAGAAGGUUCGGGAAAGUAUCUAAACGACGUAAAAGAUAGUCUUAAAUCCGUGAAGGGAACUUUAAUAUAUAAAAUGACUUCAGUUGAGGAAAAUUUGGAUAUUCAUCGUGAUGAUGUUAGAGCUUGUAUUUCUACAGAUGGGUUUACUAAUAACCAAAAUGCUACUCACGUGGUGAUAGGAAUAAAAUGGGGAGCUGCUAUAAUGGCAUCAUUUGAAUGUAAAAACACGAAUGAAGAAAAUAGAUCUCAUGUUGAAGGAGCAUUAAAAUGUCACUUUGAAAAGAUAAAGAUCUCCGGAGAUGGUCACGUAGAUGUUGAAGAACGAUAUUCUAAUAUUAUUAGCCAUUUCUCUAUAAAACUUCUUGGUGAUGUUGUUCCAAAUAAUAAAGAGCUUCCUCAAUCCUUUAAUGAAGCUAGGAAAGUAAUUGCUAAACUUCCUUUAUACACCAAACAGUACAAUGAUGGGAAAGGAGUUCCAAUUGAAUAUACUUUAUAUCCAUUGUCGGAACUUGCAAAAUUAUUUACUCAAGAUGUCGCGAUAGAUAAUAUGAUAACAGAAUUAAGCGAAGAAACUAUCCUAAGAGUAGAACAAGUUUUUGAUGGUUUGUCCGAAUCAAAACAAAGACUCAACGACUUAUAUAAUGACGCACAAUCUACUUCUGAUUUCAUAAUGGACGAGGUUUUUGAUCAAAUCAACAAUCGUGUACAAGAAGUUAGCAUAAACGAAGCAAAGUUUAGACGCGAACUUGCAGAAUGUCUUAUUAAAGUACGCUCUGGUAAGAUUAAUAUUAUGGAACUUGAGAAAAAAUUAAAAAAAUUUCAUAAGAGUGUAUUAUCUAAAAAUUCUAUGACGGAAUUCUUACGCCAACAUCGUUCGGUAUCUACAUUGGCUGAAUUAGUACCCAUAUUAAAGACCAAAAGAGUAGAGUUUCUUGGAAAAAAUUCAACCAUCGAGCAUAUUUUACAUAAAUAUUCAAAUAGUGAAAUUUUUAUACUCCUUGAUAAUGAUGAAUAUAUUGUUGAUUUUAAUUCCUCUCCAGUGAAUAAUAUGUUUCGAGAUCUUUACAGUUCAGAUGAAGGGUCAAGCAAAUUCUUCAUAGCUAAUCUUAAAAUAUGUACUCAAAUAAAAUGUUCUAGUUAUCCGAUAAUUCGACAUUAUAUCAAUGGAAGGCCAGAUGGUGACGAUUAUUAUGAGGAUAAUAAGAUAUUAUUCACAUCAAAUCUUAUCAAAUUUGAUCCUCUACCAAGUAUCAAGCCAAAAAACAAUCCCAGCGAGAAGACAAAAUUAGUAAUACCCUGUCCUCAAGAUUGUCCAACUAUUGAUUGCAAUUGGAAAUGUUUCAGAUGUAAAAAGGAUGUAGAUUACGGGUAUAAUGAGCACUUAUACUGUGAAUGUGGUGAAAGCAAUAUUACUCACUCUAAAUUUAAGUGUAAUAGUCCCCAUCACACUAAAGGAUACAUAUCUUUUGAGUUAAACAGACUUAACGAUCUGUUACCAUCAGUACCACCACAGGAAGAGAUAAACAUAUUAUUACUUGGUGAAACUGGCGUAGGAAAGUCAACAUUUAUAAAUGCUUUUGCAAAUUAUCUUAAAUUUAACACAUUAGAUAAUGCAAAAUCUGGAGAUUUAGAAGUAUUAAUCCCAUUCGAAUUUACGUAUACAGAUGAUAAUUACGAGACAGUGACGAUAAAAUUAGGUAAUUAUGAUUCAAAUGAAACAUUAGAAGAAGGCGAAUCAUCUACUCGAGAAUGUAAAAGUUAUGUAUUUCAUUCAGCUGAAAAUAGACUAAUAAGAUUGAUAGAUUCCCCUGGAAUAGGAGAUACCAGAGGAUCAGAAUAUGAUAGGAAAAAUUGUGAAAACAUUCUGUGGUAUAUUAGUCAUUUCCGGUAUUUAAAUGGGAUAUGUAUCCUUCUCAAACCUAAUAAUUCACGACUUACCAUAGUAUUCAAAUAUUGUAUACAAGAAUUGUUAUCACACCUUCACAAGAGUGCCAAGGAUAAUAUCGUCUUCUGCUUUACUAAUACCAGAGAAACACAUUAUCGCCCAGGAGAUACAUUACAGCCACUUAGAAAACAACUUGAUAAACUUAAGAAACAGACUAAGUCUGGUGUUGAAAUAAGGGUUCAAAAAGAUAUAAUGUACUGUUUUGAUAAUGAAUCAUUUAGAUAUUUAGCAGCAAUUAAGGAAGUAAAGUUUACACAGAAUGAGGAACAAAAUUUUGCAGAAAGUUGGAAAAGAUCCGUGGAUGAAUCACUACGGCUCAUUGAAUAUCUUGUAAAACGUCAACCUCAUAUAGUAGAAGAUACUUUAUCACUCAAUAACUCUAGGAACACAGUGUUACUUCUUUCCAAACCUUUUGCAGAGAUAGAACGUCUAAUUCAGAAAAACAUCAUAUUAAUAAAAGAAAAACAAGAAGAAAUAAAUAAUUCCAGCAAAACCAUAGAGGAACUUAAAGGAAAGCUAUAUGCUUCACAAUUAGAUUUCGAAACAAGGAAAUUAGAUUAUCCUAGAACCGUAUGCACUAAUAUUAGUUGUAUUGAAUUAUUGCAAGUUAACGACGAUAUCGAUCUGAUAGACUAUGUAAAACACUGUUGUAAAAACUGUUACGUGAGGUUUACUAAGUAUGAUGAAAUCAAUAACAAAAUGUUGUUCUUUUGUUCAGCAAUUAAAUUAAUAGGUGGAAAAUGUAAAGUCUGCGGUUGUCAUUGGGAUAAACAUAUGCAUGUUACCUAUGAAAUUAUGUAUAAAUACAAUGAUAUUAUAGAUGAGAAUGUGGAAUUACAAAUUUCGGAAAAAAAAUCGGACCAAGAAAAUAAAAGAGCAGUUAUAGUGGUGCAUCAAAAUAGAAUUGAUCAACUACAAAAAGAACGGGAGGAAAUAAAAGAAAUUAGCCUUAAGUUUGCACAGUUCUCAAGACAAAAUGCAAUAGCUGCUUACAAUGACGCAUAUGUUGACUAUCUUGACCUUUGCAUAAAGGAAGAGAAGAUUAAGAGAAAUGCCAACUCAAGACAUUAUGAUGAAAGAAUCCUCAAAGGGCUUGAAGCCACAAAAGAAGAUUACUUGAAGCAGGUAGAAGUUAUAAAGCAAGAAAUUGAAAACAAUGAUAGUUCUAUUACGCCAAAUGAAAUAGCCGAGCUAGAAAAGCAAUUAUACGAUUUACCAAUUAACGGUCCAAAGCUGAAAAAAUUAAAAUAUGAAGCAGAACGUAGCGAAGCUGAUGCAUUAAGAUACACUGAAAAUCAUUAUAAGCCGCCGGUAUCAAGUAAAACAAACUUUAUGUCAAACCAAUUCGCGAAAUUUUUUGGUAAAGGAUGGUAAUAUCAAAGUUAUUUGAGAAGGUAAAUUAGAAAUUUUCUUAGACGAAGGCAAUAGUUUUUUCGUCAAAAUUGAAUAAUUAUUUUAUCAGGCGCGCCUAAUAUUUAUUUAUUUUUAAGAU